AUGUCAAGUGACAAAGGAAAAGAAUCAGGAGAAGGAUCUUCAAGAUCCACUGCUGAUCAUCAGCAACAACCAACUCAGCUGAGCCGUUAUGAGUCUCAGAAGCGGCGUGAUUGGAACACUUUUGGUCACUACUUGAAGAACCAUAGGCCACCGGUAUCGAUGUCACAGUGCAACUCUAACCAUGUUCUAGAUUUCCUUAGAUAUCUUGAUCAGUUUGGGAAGACGAAGGUGCACUUUCAAGGGUGUGUCUUCUUUGGACACCCCCAACCAGCAGGGCCUUGCACUUGCCCCCUCAGGCAAGCUUGGGGAAGCCUCGAUGCCCUCAUAGGCCGGCUUAGGGCUGCUUAUGAAGAAAAUGGUGGCUUGUCAGAGACAAACCCUUUUGCCAGCAGCACUAUACGGAUCUAUCUGCGCGAGGUGAGGGACUCUCAAGCUAAGGCACGGGGCAUACAGUAUAAGAAGAAGAAGAAGAAGAAGAAGAUGAUGGAUCAAAUGAUGGCCAACGACCAACCCUUAAAAUGUCCUAAGCAGUCACCUUGA